CUGAGUCUGCUCCUGUUCUCAGGACCUGACUCGGCUUAUCUGCAAAACAGUCCCUAUACCUGCAAACAGCCCCCAGGCCCAAAUGAUAUGUCAGGGUCUCCCUAGACCAGGAUGGGGAUAGGAAGUAGGGAGUUGGCUGCCUCCUGGGGGAGGGGGUGGAUGCAAGGUGCAGUCCCUGCUUCUGGGCAAGAUUGGAUUUAGGGACCCUGAAGACCCUUUUACGGAGACCUCACUGAGAGCCCAGCGCAGAGGAGGUGUGGUGAAAGGCAGAGCAGUUAGGUGGUGGCCUUGUUGUUUGACCUUGAGCAAGUUGCUGCUCCAGCUCUGGGCCUUACUUGCUUCUUUCCACAAUAGGUCUAGUCAGGAUGCCUGAAAGAGAAAGCUCUCCUGAUCUCCUUUAGGGCCUGCAGUAGAGAAUUGGCAUUAGGUAAUUCUUGAGGUUACUGAUGGUAAUGAGAGUCAGGGGUUGAGGAAAUCUGGGCCUAGGGGGCCAGCCAGGACUAACUCUGUCCCUCUUUGGCUUUGUGGUCUGCAGCAAGUUACUUCCUUUCUCCUGGUCUCAGCUUACUCAACUGUGAAGUGGGGUUGUGAGCCCUGGCCCAGCCCCUCCACCCCUCUGCCUCCCCUGAUGCAGCCAUGGGCUCUGGCAGUGACUAGGUGGCCGCCCUCUGCCCCUGUGGGUCAGCGGCGAUUCUCUGCAGGACCCAGCAGCAGCCCAGGCCAGCUCUGGGGAAGCCCUGGCCGUGAGGGCCCCCUGGCCAGCCCACCUACCCAGGAUGAGCGCUUACCCUCCCAGCAGCCGCCGACCCGACCAGCAUACCUCCCCGUAGAGGAGCGCCGAGCCUCGGCUCCUGCCGGCGGGAGCCCCCGAAUGCUGCACCCAACCUCCCAGCAGAGCCCGUUCAUGGUUGAUCUCCACGAGCAGGUGCACCAGGGACCUGUCCCUCUGUCCUACACAGUCACCACAGUGACAACCCAAGGCUUCCCCUUGCCUACAGGCCAACACAUCCCUGGCUGCAGCACCCAGCAGCUCCCAGCAUGCUCCGUGAUGUUCAGCGGGCAGCACUAUCCCCUCUGCUGCCUCCCGCCCCCGCAGCUGAUCCAGGCGUGUACCAUGCAGCAGCUCCCUGUGCCCUAUCAGGCCUACCCCCACCUUAUCUCCAGUGACCACUAUAUCCUGCACCCUCCACCGCCAGCCCCACACCCCCAGCCCGCUCAUAUGGCGCCUCUUGGGCAGUUUGUGUCGCUUCAGACCCAGCACCCACGUAUGCCCCUGCAGCGCCUUGACAGUGACGUGGACCUGCGGGGGGAUCAGCACCCCCUGGGGAGCUUCACCUACUCCACCUCUGCCCCGGGCCCAACUCUGUCCCCGUCCGUGCCCCUGCACUACCUGCCCCAUGAUACCCUGCACCAGGAGCUGUCCUUUGGUGUGCCAUAUUCCCACAUGAUGCCCCGGAGACUGAGCACCCAGAGAUACCGCCUGCAACAGCCGCUCCCGCCGCCACCCCCGCCGCCUCCGCCACCACCAUACUACCCCAGCUUCCUGCCCUACUUCCUCUCGAUGCUGCCAAUGUCACCAACAGCAAUGGGGCCCACCAUCAGCCUGGAUCUUGAUGUGGAUGACGUGGAGAUGGAGAACUAUGAGGCCCUCCUGAACCUGGCAGAGCGGCUGGGAGAUGCCAAGCCUCGCGGCCUCACCAAAGCGGACAUCGAGCAACUUCCAUCGUACCGCUUUCAUCCCGACAGCCACCAGUCAGAGCAGACGCUGUGUGUCGUCUGCUUCAGCGACUUCGAGGCACGGCAGCUGCUCCGGGUCCUCCCCUGCAACCACGAGUUCCACACCAAGUGUGUUGACAAGUGGUUGAAGGCCAACCGGACGUGUCCCAUUUGUCGGGCUGACGCUUCCGAGGUGCCCAGGGAGGCUGAGUGAGGUCCACAGCCACCCAGGAGAACCCUGCCCAAAGCUCUGGAAACUCCGGGGGCCCGGGGAGGGCGUGGCCCAGGCCUGCCCUGCCGUUCCUGCCUGCAUCUCCAGAGCUGGUGCCAGGGUCAGCCCGAGAGAAGCCCCUGCAAUAAGCCCUUGCAUUUGCCAAGCUCCAAAGACUCCCUCCCCAUUUGCCCACCAGUCUAAAAGACGCCUGCCAGGGAGUGGCCUGAGAGUCCCUAACUCAGUCUUUCUCCUGUUUGCCCUCGGGUCUGUCUCCUCUCCCUGCCGGCACUGGGAGCCAGGGGUUCAUCCCCCUCGUGUGGCUGGUGGAGAUCCUUGGCCCCGGGAUGGGCAAAGGGGGUGCUGUCCUGGGUCGCCUGGUCUCUUGCACUGAAGUGGUGUGGUCUCUGCUCAGGUGGCACUGACAGCCGUGGCCAGAUGGUGGCAGGAGGCCAGUGGGUUCUCCUGCCUUGACCCCAGACAGACUCAGGCAGCCAGCCCCACCCAGGUUGCUGUGGGGGUUGCUGUGGGGUGGGGCUGGCUCCCUAGAGCACCAUAACCUCGGGCACAACAUUCCUGCCCCAAGCCCAGGCUGGAGGGCAUCAGAGCCAACCUCCCGAGCAGGUGGGAGGCAGGCCCUGACCCAGGGCGGCAUGUAUCCUGAGGGGGCCUGGACCAGGCCAGGGAGAGUGAUUUCCUGUGUUGCAGGUGGCCACCCCUGCCUGGCGGUGACAGGGCCCAGACCCAUGCCCGAUCUCCCCUCUCUGUCGUUUUGCAUGAACGUGAGGAGCAGCAGUUUUUGUUUAUUCAUUUGGCCCAAAAUCGCGUGUAGGAUUUGAGGGUGUGGAUUUUUUUAAACAAUUUAUUUUCUUUUGGUUUAAUGGGGGGGUGUAUAGGGACCAACCAGGACCAAGUGCCCAGGGGCAGGGAAUGGUCUGGUGGUGCCGCCUGGUCUGCAUGCAUGUGCGCGGCUGGGGCAGGGCCGGGCGGCUGUCGGUCAUGGGUGGGGUUUGAGGGGGGCGGGGGGGGGUCUGUGCUCAGCUGAUAACUGCCAUGCACUGUACUGCACACGUCCCCAGAGCCUACCGGGACCGUACGCUUUUCAGGGCAUUUCUCCCUCUCUAGCCAGGGCCUGUCUCCCACCUGCCUGGGCGUGUCUCCUCCAGGGAAGUCCCAGGAGGACAGGGUCCAAGGAGGGUGUGGACCCCGCCUCCAAGGGCCCCCUCCCAGCCUGAGCCCUGCCCUCCAAGACCUGGAGGAGCCCCCGGAGGGUCUGGCCAAGCUCCCUACCCUCGCCCACCCAGGUCCCAUUCCGUUUCUUCCUCAGCCCCCGCUGGGGUUGCUGCCCCGAACGAACCGCGUGUGGGGCCGGCACAUCCUAGCAGGCAGCCCCUGGCGCCUGCUGCCUCAGGGAUGCUCCAACCACCCUCGUUCUCCCGCAGCGGCCCUGGCCCCCCGCCUCCCCCCAGCCCGCCGUGGGGCCCCAUCAGCCUGGCCCCACCCCAUGGAGAACCCAGAGUCUUACUGUAUAUAACUCCAGGUGACAUUUCUAUAUUUAUAGCAGUGUUGAAACCCCACCUGUUUUACACAGAGAACUACCCUCUCCGACCCCCUCCCUUCCCCACCCCCCAAAAAAAAAGGUUUUCGAAACCCUUAACGGUUCCUGGGGCAGGCGGAAACAGGCUCACGGAUGGUGUGUUGACUGCAGCAGUGAUUCCAACGAGCAGCUAUUGGGGGGGAAACACAACAUUAAAAAAAAAAAAAGUUAAAAAAAAAAGAUUUAUAAAACAAUUAUUUAGGAUGUUUGUGAUUUGCCGACCUUGCUAUAGAUGCCAUGUUACCAAUGAUUUCCUGUGGUGGGGGCUUGUCAUUGUUUACUCUUUUAUUUACCAACUUCUGGCCUAGGCAUGACAGUGGGUGCUGUCCCCCAGCCCUGGCUGGGCCCAGCGCCUGUGUUCUGUGUUAGAAAGAAAGGUCUUUUAUAUAUACAUAUAUAUAUAUAUAUAUAUAUAUAUAUAUACACAUAUAUAUAUAUGUGUAUAUAUAUAUAAUUACAUAUAUAUAUAUAAAUAUAUGUAAUUUGGGGAGCCCUGUUCCUUGCACAUUUUACAGUUACCUCAUUUUUCCCAUGUAUGUAUUUGAGAAAAUGCUAAUAUAUAGAGAAAAAAAUGGUUCUUAAAGCUUAAAUGUGUGGUUUUCUCCAUUCCAUUGGAUUCACAUUGGUUUGUAGCAUUUAACAUAACUAGUAUGUUGUAUUAUAUAUGUGUAUACUGAUUGAAAUUUUUAACAGAUUUGUACUUUUUUUAAAAUGAAACUUGCUAGUUCUGCUUGACCAAGUAGUGCAAUCAUUAUUUUUUUUAAUAUUGUUGCUGAUUUCAGAGGGAUAUUCAC